AUGGGAUUGUUUGGUAAGCAGAAGGAUCCGAAAGAAUUGGUUAGAGAGUGGCAGGCUUCCCUAAGAAAAGAAAGUCGUCUUCUUGAUAGGCAGAUUUUAGGGAUCCAGAGAGAGCAGGAAAAAGUGAAAAGAGCCUUGAAGAUGUCGGCCAAGAAGGGAGAGAAGGAUUCAUGUAAGGUGCUGGCAAAGGAAAUCGUUCAAUCCAACAAGGCAAUCUCUAGAAUACACUGUGCCAAAGCCAACAUCAAAUCAGUAGAAAUGCAUAUGAACCAACAAUUGUCCACUCUCCGAUUAUCGGGAGCCAUACAGAAAAGUGUUGAGGUGAUGAAAAGCAUGCAGCAGCUGAUCAAAGUUCAGGACAUUGCUGGGACCAUGAGGGACAUGUCGAAGGAGAUGAUGAAAGCCGGGAUCAUUGAGGAGAUGAUUGAUGACGUCAUGGAGGCUGAUGAUACGGAGGAGAUGGAGGAGGAAGUGGAGAAGGAAGUCGAUAAGGUGCUCUGGGAGAUAACUGCAGGACAAAUUGGUAACGCUCCUGACAUUGUCAAAGACCCCCUUCCAUCCAAUAAAAAUAAAGUUAAACAAACUGCGGAGGAGGUCGAUGAAGAAGAUGACGAGGUGAUAAAAAUGCAAGCCAGACUACAGGCACUCAAGAGUUAA